CUCUCUCUCUCUCUACACUCCGAUCCAUUCUCAUCAGCCCCGUCUCUCUCAAUUCCUUUCUCAGAUUCGAAUCCCUCUCUAUAUUCUCACAGAUCCAAAUCCUCCCCCUUUCUCUGGUCUACGACUUCUGGUGAGCUUAUUGGCCGGAGAUGGGAAUUUUCGAUGGAUUACCUGUUUCCCGAGAAAAAGCGUACUUAAGGGAAGACCUUUCAAGAAUAGAUGAGAGUUGGGCUGCUGCCCGUUUUGAUUCAUUGCCUCACGUUGUCCAUAUUUUGACUUCGAAAGAUCGCGAUGGGGAAGCACAGUUUUUGAAGGAGCAGAGUGAUAUUAUUGAGGAAGUUGUGGAUGAAGUAGUUCAUGCUUAUCAUAGUGGCUUCAACAAAGCAAUCCAAAAUUAUUCCCAGAUUUUGCGGUUGUUUAGUGAAUCUACUGAAAGCAUUGCUGUCUUAAAGGUUGAUUUGGCCGAGGCAAAGAAGCUUCUUGGUGCCCGUAACAAACAGUUGCAUCAGUUAUGGUAUCGGUCUGUUACAUUGCGUCACAUAAUUUCCCUUUUAGAUCAAAUUGAGGGCAUUGCAAAGGUUCCUGCCCGUAUUGAGAAGCUCAUUGCUGAGAAGCAGUUAUAUGCAGCUGUACAGUUACAUGUUCAAUCAAGUUUGAUGCUUGAGAGAGAGGGUCUUCAAACGGUUGGUGCUCUUCAAGAUGUCCGAUCCGAAUUGGCGAAGUUACGAGGAGUACUCUUCUAUAAAGUUUUGGAGGAUUUGCAUGACCAUCUUUACAAUAAGGGUGACUAUAGGGAUGGGUCGGAAGAUGGUCUUACCUUUGCUUUUCGGUUCACAGAUGCUACCAUAUCUAUUCCUAACCAGGGGACUGACCUUAUUCGCCAAGGAUGGGGUAGAAGGGGUUCAAAUGUUCUCCAAGAAGGUUAUGGAACUGCAGCUGUCUUACCUGAGCAAGGCAUAUAUCUAGCAGCAUCUGUAUACCGACCAGUUCUACAGUUUACAGAUAAACUUGCUUCAAUGCUGCCUCAGAAGUAUUCCCAACUAGGGAAUGAUGGAUUGCUGGCAUUUGUGGAGAACUUUGUGAAGGACCACUUCUUACCAACAAUGUUUGUAGAUUACAGAAAAGGCGUGCAGCAAGCCAUAUCAAGUCCAGCUGCAUUUCGUCCACGAGCACAUGCAGCUGCUGCUUAUACUUCAUCAAUUGAAAGGGGGCGACCUGUCUUACAAGGACUUUUAGCUAUAGAUUUCUUAGCAAAAGAGGUUCUUGGUUGGGCUCAAGCAAUGCCUAAAUUUUCUGGUGACCUUGUGAAGUACGUGCAGACUUUCCUCGAGCGAACAUAUGAAAGAUGUCGAACUUCGUACAUGGAGGCGGUUCUUGAGAAGCUAAGUUAUAUGCUCAUUGGGAGGCAUGAUGUAGAGAAUCUAAUGCGACUUGAUCCAGCUAGCGCAUGUUUACCAAAUUCACUUGGUCAGCCAAACAUGGAAAAUAAUGCUUCUGAUGCUGAAACUGUUGAGGUUGAAAUGGGAAUGAGUGACUUAUUAUUGAAUUUACGGCCGAUCAGGCAGGAUAAUCUAAUUCGUGAUGAUAACAAACUCAUAUUGUUGGCCUCCCUAAGUGAUUCAUUGGAGUAUGUUGCUGACUCAAUUGAAAGGCUUGGGAAAACAUGCACAAGAGCAUCUAACCAAGUCGAAGAAAAUAGAAAGCAGGUGCGACGUCAUUCUCGAACAAAUAGUGGACUGCCUAAAGAUCUGGCAUCAUUUGCUGAAGAAUAUAGAAAACUGGCAAUUGAUUGCCUCAAGGUUUUACGUGUAGAGAUGCAAUUGGAGACAGUUUUUCAUAUGCAGGAAAUGACUAAUAGAGAAUACUUGGAGGACCAAGAUGCAGAGGAGCCUGAUGAUUUCAUUAUUUCAUUUACUGCACAGAUAACACGCAGGGAUCAGGAAAUGGCCCCUUUUGUUGCGGGAGUAAAGCGGAGUUAUAUCUUUGGUGGAAUAUGUAGUGUUGCAGCAAAUUCAUCCAUCAAGGCUUUGGCUGAAAUGAAAUCCAUCAACCUUUUUGGAGUUCAGCAGAUAUGUCGGAAUUCAAUUGCAUUGGAGCAGGCACUGGCUGCUAUCCCAUCGAUUGACAGUGAAGCUGUACAACUGAAGUUGGAUCGUGUUCGGACUUACUAUGAACUGUUAAACAUGCCAUUUGAAGCCUUACUUGCCUUCAUUACGGAGCAUGAGCACUUCUUCACACCUGGAGAGUACUCUAAUCUUCUCAAGGUCCAGGUCCCUGGAAGGGAGAUUCCUGCGGACUCGCAGGAUCGGGUGACAGAGAUUUUAUCCCAUUAACUUUCUCAAACGUCGAUUGCAGAUUGAAUUUUUUUUUUAUGUAGCAGAAUUUCGGAGUAUCCACGUGUCGGGCCUGAAAACUUGAAUUUCUGUAUAAACGGUGGAUGCUAGGACCUGUAGCCGAAGCCAUUUGCUCUUGAAGUUGGCUACCAUAUGCUUUGUCAUCACAGGUUCUGGUAAAUUUUUGUGAGCGUGUUAUUAUAACGGUGAUAUACUGGUGAGGUGGUUAUUAUAAUUUUAUUCAUUUGUAGUAGUAUCAAUUUUGUGUUCAUGUAGGAUACAUUGAGACUGUGUUUGGUGGUUCUAGGAGCAGACAAAGUUCAUAUUGUAAAUUUCUUAUGAUGAUUGUUUACUUUGUAAAACAUUUGUGUUAAUAAUCAGAAACAUAUCAUUGUUUUCAUAUGUAA